AAAUUGAAGACAAAGACUCAAAACCCUAGUUGUUACCGAACGACUCAGCGUCUCCGCCUCUCUGCAAAAUGCCUUUCAAGAGAUACGUUGAGAUCGGAAGGGUUGCUCUCAUCAACUACGGCAAAGAAUAUGGCAGGCUCGUCGUCAUCGUCGACGUCAUUGACCAGAACAGAGCUCUGGUGGAUGCCCCUGAUAUGGUAAGGUCCCCUAUGAAUUUCAAGAGGCUUUCCCUCACCGACAUCAAGAUUGACAUCGAGAGGGUCCCCAAGAAGAAGGAUCUUGUUAAAGCCAUGGACGCUGCUGAUGUUAAGAACAAGUGGGAGAACAGUUCCUGGGGCAGAAAACUCAUUGUCAAAAAGAGAAGAGCAUCCCUUAAUGAUUUUGACAGGUUCAAGCUAAUGCUGACCAAGAUCAAGAGGGGAGCUGUUGUUAGGCAAGAGCUUGCUAAGCUGAAAAAGAGCGCAUCUUAGGCAUUUCUUGACGAUAUAAUGUUCAAAUUUUGUUAUGAAUUUCCUUCCAUUUAGUACACCUUUCUUACGGAAUUUUAUUUAUCAUUGAGAUACUUGGUAAAAGGUUUCAUCUUCAGAUAUUUAUGUUAGAGGAUUUAUGUCAGUACUCUCAGUUUCCCAUUUCUGCCUUUGAUUUUGCUUGCAGAAUUUGAAUAUUGCUUUCUAAGAUAACUAACGGUCCCAA